GUUUAAAAAGACACACUAAAACAAUGCUGAAACUUAUACUGACAAAUAGACAUUGUAGGGGAUGUCAGCAAUAAUGUCUUGGACUAUUGAUAAAAACACCUAUUUACAGCAUAACAUAUUGAAUAUGGAAAUUUGGAAAACUAUUCGAUGCGUAUUUUUAUAUAUGUGUUUAAUCGGCAUUAUACAAGCAACCACAACUGGAGGGUCUCAGCGCGAGUUCAGCAAAACUACGACAAUCCCAUUUGUCGGCACAGGAACCAAUGUAGAACUUGAUCAAUUUAAUGGAACUAUUUCCAAUGAAUUGGAUUUCAACCUCCCGCCCUUGUGGGAGGAAUUCUGUGUUCUACAAGAAAAGGAAACCAAUAAUACAGUGUAUCUAUACAAGUGUUACAUAAAUGGAUCUUCUUCUGGUAAGUGGAAUUUUACAGAACUACGACAGUACAUUUUAUCAAAGAGCCGCAAAUACAGUUUCGAUGUGCAUUGUCAAAGUGGUUCUAGAAUCUCUCUUCCUUCGCCUGCUAAGGCCAAAAAUAUCAUUAAACUCCAUGUGCGAGACUGCAUAGCAGACGACUACUUCGCAGAUUUUCAAAAUCUUGAUUUGAAUAGUUUUCCGGACGAACUGGAGGAAUAUAAGAUGAUCAAUGUGCAACGUUUGGUUGGUGUGAAGGAAAUGAUUGAAAAUAUUCAAAUUAAAUCUGAGACUCUUCAAAAGAACUUAAUUUGUGGAGAUGAAGAAAGUUUAAAAGUAAAGAUAGAAAGGAACGAAACCUUUUCAUUUAUCUAUGAUAUGCCGCAUAUGGAUAUACAGAACUUUUCCACAAUCGCUACAGAAAAUAUAUUGGACACGAGGCGUUCACCACAUAUGUGUGUAUAUAAAAAAUUACAAAUACUCGAAAAUUCUAUCACAGUUUCAAAACCUAGAAAUUUUGCCGCAGUUUUGACGGAACAGAAUCAAUUUCCAGAACUGAAAAUUCUGAAUAUUUCCCAUUCACAAAUUUAUUAUAUUCCUGGACAAUUCAAAAAUUGGUGGUAUUGCUUCGAAAAGUUGGAAUACCUGGAUAUGUCUUUCAAUAUGAUCCAGGACAUUUCUUUUCCAAUGAAUAACGUAGGAUUAUGGGGCAAGCCCGUCCCUGUAUUAACAUUGGAUUUCACUUUCAACAAAAUAGAUCGAAUUUCUGUCCGUGGUUUCGAAAGAUUCAUUAAGAACAAGAAAUGCUUUUUCAAGAUUGCUCACAAUCCGUUUAAUUGUACUUGUACAGAUGAGAUGAAGGAGGUUUUAAAAUACAUUCAGGAAACAGACUGGAAUUCUCCAAAGUACCAACGUUACCAGUACUUCAGGGAUCUUGAAUGUCAGUACCCUGGAUAUGUUAAGGGUCGGCGUCUGAGAGAUCUUACACUACGGGAUAUCAACUGUAAAUUCGAACUGAUGCCAAUCACUGUAGUUCUGAGCAUCUUUUCAUUUUUCCUCAUCAUUUUCAUCGUUGUCAUGCUGAAAUAUAGAAGAGAAAUACGAAUUUUGUUUUUCACUCGAUUUAAUGUCAUUCUUCCUUGUCAGCCGAGUGAAAUGUUCGAGGAAAAGGAAUUUGAUGCAUUUGUGUCCUAUAAUAAUGAUGACCAGGAAUGGGUCUGCAAUACGUUUGAUGAAAACAAACACGAACGACUUGCACAUUUAAAAUUUUGUAUGCAUCAUAAAGAUUUUGUCCCGGGGAAAACGAUAUUUGAAAACAUCAUCAAAUGUGUCGAAAAUAGUCGCCACACUGUUAUUGUCCUUUCACGGAAUUUCCUUGACAGCCAUUUUUGCAUGUGGGAAUUUCAAGAAGCUUUCCAGCAGAGCAUUGUAGAACGAAAGCGACAUCUUAUCAUUAUUCUUUUGGAAGACAUUCCAGAUAAGGAUUUACCAAAUGAUCUGAAAAGAUGCAUGAAAACAUUCACUUACAUACGAAAAGAUGACAAAAUCUUCAUAGACAAAUUACUGUAUUCUUUGUCAUAUAAGGGAAAACCUAUAAUUCUUCCAAAAACUGCGCAGUUGAAUGAAGGAUACGAUGAUUUUGUUGCACCAGGACAUAAGAAUGAGGAUAAAGUAGAACUGACCAAUGCCCAAAACAACAAGAUUCACGAUAUAAACAAUCAAAUUUAUAAUAUAUUGUAACGAUUAUCAAUUAAUUGAUGGUGAAGGCUUUUAUAGUAACUGUCUGUUGCCAUAUCCUAUCAUGCUAUGCAUAAUAAAAUAUGCUUGAUUUUUAAA